GCACUAGCUAUUUAAGCAGCCAGCCCCUGCCCGCUUGCCCAGCCACCAGCUAAGCCCGGCAUCUCCGCGGCCCAGGGACAGAGCUGCAAACCCACCCCCUGCCCCAGCCCUGCGCUGCCCCAGCCUAGGUGGAUCUGUCGCGGCUCCGACACCAGCCCCCGCUCUCUCCAGAGCCAUGGACGUUCGUCUUGUCUUGUGCCUCCUCUGGGCUCUCCUAGCUACGGCCAGCGCACGUCCUUCCAGCUGUUACCACAGCAUCCCCGGGGAAAGCAACGCAGUGAGGAGCUGUAGCAGUGGGGCAGAUUCUUGCAUCGCUGUUCAGGAAGCGAACUCCUUCGGGGGCGUGGUGAACACAGGCGUCCUCCAGUUAUGCACCAACAGCCUGAUCAGCCUGGAGGGCGACCUGGACUUUGAAUUCGGGGGCGGCGUCUACGUGAGGGUCCACUCCGAGAUCUGCAGAGAGACCAACUGCAACACGGGGGAGAUAAAGGAACGCCCCAAAAUCAGCACCGUGCCCAACGGGAGACAGUGCCCGUCGUGCUUUGCCCCAGGAUCCCACCGCUGCCUCCACAACGUCACCCUGCACUGCCAGGGGGCCGCCAACCAGUGCGUCGACGUCGUGGGGACGCUGUCAGAGAACUACGUCGAAAUCCCUUUCGCAGCCAGAGGCUGCGCCACCCAGGAUGUGGCCAAGAUCAAAGCCGGGGACAUACUGGUGUCGGGCGUAUUCACCUAUCGGAUCAAGAGCAUCCAGUUAAGCCCGGCCCCCAGAACGGAGAUCGAGGACGGCUUCUGACACCUGCUGAGCUCCAUCCCACUGGCGCACCCCCACUUCGAGCUAUUCCCUCCCCCCCACCCCCAGCUGUGACUCAGUCCCCCCCACCCCAGGCAGGGAAUAACGGUGCCGAGCCGCCUUCGUAAAGCGCAUUGAGACCCACCGGUGCAGGGCCCGAGCCAGAGACCCAUUAUGGGCUUUGCACUGAGCGUGACAGGCUUAAAAACAGGCCUGAGCAUUAGAGACCCAUUAGCAGCUUCUCCCAGGAGAGUGAUCUGAGGGGUAGAACCCAGGAGUCCGGGCUCCCAGGCCCCCUGCUGUAACCACUAGUCCCCACUCCCCUCCCAGAUCCAAGAACAGAACCCAGGCAUCCUGCCACCCCUCCACCCUCUGUUCUCACCUUUCGUAUUUCCACACGCUAAUGCAUUGAAUAAAGCUGCAUCAUAAAUCCAAAA